AUGGAACAUCCGACGCGUCCGAAGUGUGACCCCAAGGAGAUCCGCAGAAAUGCCCAAGUUCACACACGCAAAGAGAAACGCCAUGUUCACCAGGGCAAGAGUGCCGGCUCGUUGGCUGACCCUCUGAGCGGACACAUUCGGCACUCCGAGGCAGACAGCGUUCGCAGCAAUAUAGAGAAGGUGUACAAGAAAUUCAAACCAUGUCCAGGGACCGACGAAGCGGUGCCUGCCAAGCAGAAAAGGUAUAAACGAGAGGAAGAGGCCGCCAGCGACAACACUAAAGAUAGCCGUGGAGUCCAUCGAGUUCCAAAGGAGAUAGAGAAAGAGAGGAAUGGGGAUGUUCCUUCCAUUUGUGUUUGGCCAUGGCAACUAGCUCGGCUGCGAGCCAAUAUUGGAUCAAGAUCCAAGAACACAUUAUUGGAAGAGUUUACACUCUUUAAUCUUGGCGACCCCAAUCGCCUGGUCCUGAGCAUGGAGUACGGUGAACACCAAGUUGUACCGUGGUCCGCAGAUAUCUUGGGAGAUGAUGACAAUAAUGCAGGCUUUGCAGAGUCUAUCUGCAAACAUGUACUGGCCAUCGUUGUGGAACUUCACCGCCAGGGAGCGCACAAGAAUGACUGGAUCAGUGUUCAAUUAUGGCAACUUGUCAACGGAUUAAAACGUAUUGCAGAGCAAUACACUCCUGAACGCACCAUUUCAUUUCCCUUUCAAGCUGCUGAUCAGGGAGGCCAAAGCCAGCAUGCCACCCCCGCUCUUUCUAUGUACGAUGAUCUCGGCACGGGGGCGCCAAUCACUAGCACAAAUCUGUGCCUUGGUGAACCUGCCACUUGUAGACCUUCCGACAUAAUGCUCUUCCCCGUCGUGGGAGAACCAGACCCUGCGCUCAUGGAUUUUGGUUCACUAAGCAGAUCCUUGGGUGACCAGUGCGGCGAGACUUCGGCUGAUAAAGGUGUUGGUUUCGAAGUGGCUGACAGUCGCGUAGGAGACAUCGCUGAAUUUUGGACGACUGGCCAAGAUGCCAUUGCCACGAACCACAUGUCUCCCUUGACCGAAGUGAAUCAGUCUUCGCCUGUCGCGAGUCUGGCAGCAGGUUCACCAAUAAGCCCUGGUUCGGUAGAUGAUUCGGAAUCGACAAAGGAUCAUAAAGCGUCAAGGGCCAGAACUGUGGAAGCAUUAACCUCCGAUGGCCCUUUGGAACUUCUGAACCAAACGAAGAAAAGUAAACUUAACGAUUAUUUAGCUGACAGCAGCCCGAAACCCAGGAGGAGGUUAAAGGUUCAGGAGUGCGCCUCGAACCCGAACACCGUUGCACGGUCUAGCAAUCCCGCACCCGCCUCGGCAGGCGGAAUAAGUCAACUUCUAAUCCAGAAGAUUAGUGAGAAGGAUGGUCGCAAUGCUCUGUUUUUGGAGAAAGCUUUCUUUGCAAUCGCCAGCCCUCAGGCGCUCGUAGAGCUCGCAGCAGCGUGUCAAUCCGCCCGUCACGACGAGGCUCACAGGUAUACGGAGACCUUGAAUGACAGCAAAAUGCUAAUGAGGGCCUUGGAUUCACUCGACUCUGCAACUACACGCCGUACCAUCCUGAAGCGUUUUUUUCUGGUUAGGCUUAUGGGCGAGCGGCUCCGUCGCGAAGAGACCUAUCGACACCAAUCCACAGGACCACCUCAAAUUGGCGCCGAUACCCAAAGCCGGGCAGAUUCGAACGCCUUUCAUGACCUCCUAUUUAUGUUUUAUCCGCAUUUGAAGAAUGAAGCAAAGGAUUCGAAAGAGUACAUAGGGAAGUACACAAAGCUAAAGAAUCGGCUCAGCUGGGCACGCAAUUGGUAUCUACUGCAGGAUCGGUUUUCGCUUGGAAUCCUAGCGUUGGUCCCAUGCAGCGAUGAGCUCCGAAUUGGGGCAGAUAGAUUUCAAAAACUAUCCAGCGGGGUAGUUUUCGUCUUUCUAGACGUCUUAGACGAACACCGCGGUAGUUUUAUCCGAGAAGUCGCUGCGGCGAUUUCCCCAAGUGUCGAGGCCGUCUUAUGCGGAAAUGACGUCUCUCCUAACUACAGAUUUGAGCAUGUAGAUCAAAUAGAGCUCCUACGAGAGCCAAUGGACUCGGAUCGGUUGGUCAGUCUCUGUCAACAGAUUGAAAUCAACAUGGAGACCCCCGAAUCACCAUCUAACGACCUAAUUUAG